CUGUAGAGUGUAGUGUAGUGUGGUGAAGGAAGGAAAGGGGAAGGUCGUGUCCGAUUCGUGCCGUGUCGUGCGUGUUGUUGAUGUUCUCGUCUUCUACUGGACUUGUUUUCUGUUUUGUUUGAGUGUUGAGCAAGACUGACUGGACUGUAGUGUGCGUUGUGAGAGAAAAGUUGUCAAAGUGUUUUCUUGAUUCUUUUAAAAGUCCACUUCUUGCGGUUUUCCCAAAUAAUUAAUUAUUCAAAGCGUUCAAGAAACCGAACUUGAAUCCUCACAAUGGCUAUUAAUCUAUCCUUUGUGAUGUUGACCGUCUUCGGCAUUCAAUUUGCACAAGCCAUGGACUGCUCGCUGGGUACCAGUAAGAAUGUGAUAGAACAGCUGAUCAGGACGUGUCCGCGACCCCUCAUCGACUCCGAGCAGGAGUCGUACUGUUGCUGGAGUCCCAGCGGAGACCGAGUCACCUGUUGCAAUCUCACGGACUUUGUGUUUAACAGCAUCUCCAUUAUGCUGCCGCUGAUCAUCAUAGGUUUGGUUGUUUCCUUCAUCGUCAGCUGUGUUUGCUGUCUUUGCUGCCCUUGUUGCUGCUUCUACAGGAAAAGAAGCGGCGGAAGAGUGAUUCGGCAAGGUCCCAUGCUCGUCACUGUUGGACCGUAUGCCGUGCCGCCAACCUCACCUUACCAACCUCUUUCAGAUGGCCGCAAUGGGUGGACCGUCGCCUAAGUACAACCAAAUACCUACUUACUUCUUGGACGAAGCAAUCAAAAUUGGUCUUCCUUAUAUUCCAGUGUUUGGUUUGUCCACCCUAGUAUUGCUUAGCUACUAGUUUUAUUUUUUAUUUUCACUGUAUCUCAAAAGCACUAUCCAACUAUUGUAUGUUAGGUUUAUAUUCCUACUUUAGGAUAUUAUUUUAUAGUAUUACAUAAUAUAUAUAUAGGUGUCACAAUGUGAUUCUCAAAAAACUUUUUGGCCAUAUUUUGAUGUUGUAAAAUGUAUACCUACUCGUUUAAAAUAUUAACCAGUAGUUCGGGAUAAGAAUGUUACUCAGUAUGAUUGUAAUAAAUUGCAGUGUAAGUUAUUUUACAUGUAUCGAGCAUUUAUGACACAAGCUUCCCAGACAGUAGUGAACGCAGCAAGUAUUUGUGCCAAAUGGAAAUUAAUCCGUUGCAUUUUAACUGUAAGCAUAAGCAUGGUUACCUUUGUGAAUUUCGUUCCUAAGAACAUUCCUGGAUCAACAAGUUUUGUGGAAGCUGGUUAUUUUUAUUAAAGCGUAAGUCGACUAGAAAGCUGCAGGUCUUUGUGCCUUAAUGCUUUCUCUGUAGCUUUUAGGGUUUAUUUGGCUUUUUUUCUAUAGUAUAUACAAAUAUUCUUAUACUCAACUGCUAGAUAUAUUUUUAGAGCCAUGUCAUGUCAUUAAUACUCAGAUUUCGAGAUUUGUAAAUCAUUUUUGACAUUUUUAUACUUCUUUGAAGGCAUUUACAUGAGAUUUAAUACAAUAAUUUGUGUGCCUACUCACAACGAUAUACAAGAACAUUGUCUGAUAUUAUAAAUUAGUUUUGCCAAAUAAACCAGUUAAUUUUAAUUGAUUGUAUAUUUAUUUACCUAGCAUGUAUGUUUACAUUAUUUGUAAUUUCUUAUGUUUACAUUUUGGUUUGUUCUAAAUUAAAAUAAUUUUCACAAUGAA